UGGGCCAAGAGACACCAGGACGAAACAAUUCUGAAGUGUAGUGUUAGUCUGAGGGAAAUUUAAAAGUGUAAUGGUAGUAGUAGGUCGUAAAUUACUAAUAAACUGGGUCGUGAGUUACAGAGCCCUUUUGAAUAGGCUACCGAAAAUCUGAAUCAACGCAUGCAGUCACUAGAUGGCGCACUUGAGAAACAUUUGAAGGUCGAACGACUGUCAAAAUGGAAUCCAACUCUAAACUCGGGAAUAGUUUUAAAGUGAAACCCUAUCCAGUGGAUCUACAUGUUCGGCACUAUGGCGAGUUGAGCACAGGAUAUGACGAAUACCUGUCCCGUGUCAAGUCAGGUGGUGCCCUGCCGAUCAUCCUUCCUCAUGGAGAGAAAGUGGAAGUAACUUGUGAGAACAUUGGCCGGCUUGCGUUUCUGAGAGAUGCUGAUCUAUCACAUUUCAUUCUUGCUCUCCACACACCUGAGGAUAAAACCCAAGUGGUUGCUGUGUACUUGCAAGGCGAAUGGUGGCCUGUUGGUGAUGUUUUGAAGACCUCGAACAAAUCGAGACGUGGACUUGUGUUAGUGGAGUCAGUUAUGGAGAGAGUUGUGCUUUUCAUGCUUAGUCAAGUUAUUUUUGGAAUUCUGGAAAGGCCUCUCGGAGAAGACCUAUAUUUUUCUGUUUAUUCCAUGCGGGAAUAUGGCAAAAUUCUCUGGCAAAAUGGAGAAGCAGUAGGGUUUUACACCGUUAAGAAAAAGGGCAGCCUGUGUGACAGCUGCACUGGCCAGAGUUAUCAGCUCCCUGUGCUGGACUCAGUGUUUGUUCGCUCUCACUGGAGAAGGACUGGACUCGCUUUACAGAUGCUGGAGGAUUUCUGCUCGUCUCAACCCUCUGAGGCCGUUCUGGGAAUUAGCUUUCCUAUGUCUCCUGGCAUGUAUGGAGUUUGCAAGAAGUUUCUCGGGAUCCACGAAGAAGAAAGAGACCGUCUCUAUGAGGUGGAAGCCCCGGGUGGAUGGGCUCAGAGACGCAAUGUGUGGUUAAAUAUCCAGCUGCGUGACUUUCCAAAGCACUGUGGAAAUUCAGAGCAGAGUCCACAAUGCUCAUGUAGUCAGGAAAGAAGUGAAGCUAAUUUAGAGGAAGAGGGGAUUCUGCAACAAUGUGAAUCAUCAGUCAGUCUCAAAGACACAUCAAGCUCAGAAAAGAAGCGACCUGUGGAUCAAACCAACACAGGGACUAACCUUAAAAAAGCCAGGACUUAACAUUCAUUUAUUAAAUGUGUCAAGAAAUAUCUCAGAUAGGCAAUGUACAUUUAGUCCAUAACAGAUAGCCUAAAUAUUCAAGAUGGAACUCUGUAUGCUCAUGUGCUCAUAAGUAUGUAGAUGUUGGUAACAAGUAUGCAAUAUCUAUCUAAGAUUUGCCUUCAGAACUACCUUAACAAUCUCAGGUAUUGUCAUACUAUAAAGCUUACAAAAACAUUUAUUGCUGAUUGCCAAAUGGUAAACAGAAUUUCAUACCGACUGUAUCUGGAUAGAAAUGAACAGUUUUAUU